UAACAGCGCCAUUUUGGAUAGUUGUCUUAGCAGCCAGACGCCAAAAUAAGUACAAUCCAAAACAAAAGCAUUGUUGUAGAAACUGUAGGUUCACCGAAACGUAUGGUGACAGUUAGUAACAGCAACCUCAAACAACAGAGAACAUGUCAGCAAUGAGGCCAUUUAACACAUCGACCAAAGAUACGCUUUCAACUAAAUUAAGGAACUUCAAUGCCUCAAAAUCAGCAACUCGACAAUUGGAGGUGGAUAGCCGGAGAAUGGAAGAGCGCCUUCGUGAACUAAAAAUGACGAUGAGUCAAGAGAAACAAGAACGAGAAAGACAGGGCAGUGGUGGAUAUUGGCGAUCUGGUAAAGCAGGAUCAUUGACAACGCAGGCACCUAAGAGCAGCAGGAAAUCUAAUAGAAUCACUGAAAUGCCUCGAUCAUCCAAGUCCAAGAAAAUAACAGUUUUAAAAGAUGAACCUCUAAAAACUGUGAAGCGGGCUCCAAAGACUGUACUGAAUGUAACUGCAAGGAAGACAUUCCAAGGUCCUGCUUGUGGCCAAUGCGAAGAAAAGGCUGCAGCACUGUCAUGCAUGGAGUGUGCAGAACUAUACUGUGCUGCAUGCUUUGCACAAUUUCACUUGAAGGGCGCCCUCAGACUUCAUCGAUCUGUACCGUACCAAGCAGGACAAGAACUAAGGAAAAGCAUAAACAAUGGUUCCCUUAGUCCCCGGGCUGACAUGUUGGAUACCAACCAGAAUAUAGAGAGGACUCCCAAUCAUUCUCAAGUAGUUAAACAAAAGUCUCCGGCCUUGAUGGUUAUUCACCAACAAAACUCAUCUGUUUUGACGUCUCAAGAACAGGUGAUGAAUGGUCCAUCUCUAUUGGAUGGUGAGUACAAUGAAGAAGACAGCUCAGCCUCAUUUGCUGCGGCCUUAGCUGAGUGGAGAGGUCAACCACGAGUGCCCUCCAAAGCCACCCCAAGUCCUCGUCAAUCUAAGCCAGAAGUAGCAACAGUAAAUGAAGGUACUGGAACUGAACAAGCACCGAAGCAAGAAAUAAAGAUUGAGUUUAAGGAAUUAUCAAUGAGCUACGCUGAUAAACUACUGCUCAAGAAACAUCGAAGGACCAAACUACCAGAACUACCAACACAAACUCAUGACUUGGACAGAAAUGCUAACUCUAGGAUGCUAAGUCCUUACACUGGAUCAACCAAUCAAAUGAAUGAUUUUGUAGAUGAUGAUGAUGAUGAAGAAAAACUGGAGUUGGAGGAGGAGCACUUAAGAUAUGCAAGUCUGUUCUCAACCUCUAGCGCAUCCUUAGCUGGCAAUGAGUUCAGAUCCAGGAGUGUGAUCACCAUUACACCUCUACCUGAUGAUCUUGAUAUCAGUGCCGUUGAGGAGGAGACAUCGUUUCUUGUUCAAGAAGAGCCUGACGCCACACCUGUAAUGUACAGUGUACAACACCAUCAACAACCAACUACAAGGAAUAAUCAUCAGAAUACCCAAUCCUCAAAGGCUAGUGAACUCAAUGGAAAGGGUGGGGGUGAAAGAAGUAUAAAGAAUCAGCAAAAGAAAUCCACUGUUGUUGAAAAACAGAAAGAAAAGAAAAGAGCUACAGAUAAAAGAAGAAUGCUCCCCAGGCCCCCAUCAGAUAAUUCAAAGGAAAAUAGGACUGGAGAAACAAAGGUCCCAGAAAAAAAUAUUUCUGUUCAAAGAAAGAAAAGCUCAAAAGGAAGCCAGAUAACUCAUAAGGAAGAUGACAAAACCACCAGUGGGAAAACUACCCAGAAUUUCAGUGGUCAAAAACGGACAAGCAGCAGAAACAGGAAGUUACUGCGAUCAUCUAAAGUUGAAAGUGACGAUACCUCGUUAAAAGAUCAGUUGGAAAGUGAUCAGCGCAAUGAGAAAAGGAUAGAAAAGAACAAGAAGUUGACGCCUAAAAGACCGGCAUCAGCUCAACCUGAACAGGAAGCAUCUGGUAGAAGAUCAAAGACAGAUGGCAGGAACUCGCAGGUUAAAAAGAGACCAGUUUCAGCAGGUAUUACACGACAUCCAAGUGUUGAUUUAGUGAAUACUAGUAAACUCGCAUGGAAAGCUCAAUAUCAGUAUACACAUGGUCUUGACGAGUUCUUCAUGGCAGGACUGGACGAUCAACAACAUGAAACAAAGGAACCAACAGUGGAAAAUCAUGAUUUAAGUACACAUCUUCCAAAAUGUACAUUUCAAG